CUCUUCCCCCUCACAGUGCAACUUCCUCAUUCAGCGCCUUGUGUUCGAUGAGACUGAGGCACACACUCCUGAAACAAGAACGAAAGCUGACGGCUGACACACAACACACACACACACACACAGAUAAAGACAGUCCGGUGUUCAGCUUCUCUCCCUGAUGAAGUGACCGAGCUGUGGGAGUUUGGAGUGAGAAAUCUGGAGCAUCUGGACUGAAGGUCGGGGAGAAAAACUGCAACCAUGCUGCGGCAGUCUCUGAACAUCCUGAUGCAGUUUGGCUCGGCUGCAAAGUCACAUGAUGCCACUGAACUCCUGCACGAGGACCUGGUUAUGGUGGAGCAGCGUGUGGAGCCGGCUAAGAAGGCGGCUCAGGUUCUGCACAAGAAGCUGCAGGGCUGCAUGCACAGCCACACUGGGCUGGACGCUGAGAAACGGAUGAAGAAGCUUCCUCUGAUGCUGCUCUCUGUCAGCAUGGCGGAGAGCCUCAAGGACUUCGAUGCAGAGUCCUCCAUCAGGAGGGUGCUGGAGAUGUGCUGCUUCAUGGAGAAGAUGCUGGCCAGCAUGCUCGCAGACUUUGAGAUGAAGGUGGAGAAAGAUGUUUUGGAGCCGCUGAACAAGCUCAGCGAGGAUGAUUUACCAGAGAUUCUCAAGAACAAGAAGCAGUUUGCAAAACUCACUACAGACUGGAACAGCGCCAGAACCAAGAGCCAGGCCAGCACGGGUCCUCAGGCAAAGCAGGACGGGCUGAGGGAGGAAGUGGAAGAAGCCUGGAGGAGGUUAGAGAACAUCAAGGAUCAGUACUCUGCAGAUCUGUAUCACUUUGCAACCAAAGAAGACGACUACGCUAACUACUUCAUCCGUCUUCUGGAGCUGCAGGCCGAGUAUCACAAACACUCCCACGAGUUCCUGGACAAAAACAUCAGCGAGCUCAAAGAGAACCACAGUCAAAAAGGGUCACAGCUGAGCCUCUCCAAUCAGAAGGUGUACGGCGAGCCUCUUCUCUCUCAUCUGUCUGAGAGCAACAGAGAAAUCGCUGUUCCCAUCGAGGAGUGUAUCCACAUGUUGCUGAGAACAGGCAUGACUGAGGAGGGUCUGUUUCGUCUGGCGGCAGCCGCCUCGGUGGUGAAGAGGCUGAAGAUGUGUUUGGACCAGGAAGCGGUCGACCACAGCGAGUUCAGCAUGGACCCUCACGCUGUGGCCGGAGCUCUGAAGGGUUACCUGCGAGAACUUCCCGAGCCUCUAAUGACCUCUGAACUCUACAACGACUGGUUUAAAGCAGCAGGGGAAAAAGACCUGCCAGAGAAACUGGAGCAGUUCAGAGUACUACUUAAACAACUGCCGCCUGAAAACUACAACAACCUCAGGUGUUACCUGGUCCAGUUCUUGUCUCUGUUGUCCGAGCAGGCAGCCGUCAACAAAAUGUCUCCGAGUAACAUCGCCAUCGUCCUGGGGCCCAACCUGCUGUGGCCCCGAUCUGAAGGGGAAGCGUUUGACAUGGCCUCAGCUUCUUCGGUCCAAGUGGUGACGGUCAUCGAACCUCUCAUUCAGUACAGCUCCAGCCUCUUCCCCGAAGCUCUAUCUUUUGAGAUCCCCGUCCUUCCCGAGGUGCCGGACGUGUCCCAAGAAGUUCCAGAUUCCCAGUCUCUGAUCCCAGAAAAGGAUAAACUGAGCAGAACCGUCUCCUCCACCUCAUCCACAGCCUCCUCCUGCUCCUCCUAUCACACGGCUCUCUCAAAGUCAAACAGCACAGCCUCUCAGGACAGUGGAAGCUUCUGCCUGGUGAAGUCUGGCUCUAUAAGUCGCAGCGGCACCUCCAUGUGGGCGAGCCCUGUCAACGAAACACCAAACCUUCAAAAUACAUCAUCCAGCAGCUCUUCCUCCCUCGAUCCCAGUCCCUCCUGCAGCUCCACGGCUCCUCCUAAAGCAACGGGAUCCGCUCCAAACCCGGGUCAGAGCCGCAGUCCCUCCCAGAAGCAGAGCGCCGAUCAGAACCUGCUGGAGCCGAUUCUGGAGGCUCCUCCGGACUCUCCAAGAGCUCUGGUCAAGAUCACCUUGCCUUACAAACCAAAGAGAUCUUUCAGCGUGGUCAAAGCUAACGUGGGGAACGAGCCGUGUUCAGUCCAGUUCUCUAAACCCAAACCACCGGCCCCCCCGAAGCUCCAGCCCCCCCCUCUCCGCACCUCUCCCACGGACACAAAGACCCCCUCUACGGCCCCGCCCAUAGCGGCACCCCGAGGUGUGGAGGCCAACCUCAGAAAGCCUCCCCCCUCCAAAAAGCCUGGACUCAAAGCUCCAAAGUGCCCUCCUCCACUUCCUCCACCUUCACAGGCCAAAGAGGUUCCUUCUUGAGUUCAGUGAGGACAUAUUCACAUGAAACGUUGACUUUAAUUAUAUUUUAAAUGUCAACAACUUUCACAUAAUGAGGUUAGUUGAAGGCAAUAAUAUUAAGUUGCAUUUUCUAUUUAAACUUGAUAGCAUUGCUUUCUACUAACCUAAUACAGUUAUGUGACAUUUGUUGACAUAAUACAUUUAAAUAAAGUCAACGUUUUAGUUUUUUUCCUUAAUCAGAUGGAUUUUCUUGUUGUAGUUCUUUAAAAAGGAUCUGAAAAUGUCUUAGUUACUAUAUAUUUUUAUAUUUUCAAUCUUUGCCGUUCAAUAUAUUCAAGUUUUGCCGCUUAAAUCAAUUUUUCUGGCCUGUAAACCUCUCUGGAACCAGCUUUAUUUAUUUAUUCUUAAGCUCCAGGUGUCCUAUCUUUCCCAGAAUGCACAGAAGUUCAAGCUUAAAAUAAUAGCUAUGCAGUUCAUAUGAAAUCCAGCCGUCCAAAACCAAUGUUGAUUGCCGUUUGUUGUUUUUUAGGGAGUAUUUUUCUAUACAUUUACAAAAUAAAAGUAUCAUAUGAGUUUAAGUAUGGUAAAAACAUGUAUGAACCUUGAUGGAUUGAGGUUUAAUGUAAAUAACAAUGUUUUUACAACCACCUUUCCAGCCUACAUUAAACACUGUAAAUAAAUGCAUAUCCAACCUAAUUAAAAACA